AUGGAAGUAUUCACCUCCAUCACUAAGAAGCACAUCACUGACAAUUCCCAAUUCAAAUAUCACUCCAGAUGUCGAGGGUUGGGUAUAUCUCACCUAAUAUUCGCUGAUGACCUUCUACUCUUCUCCUAUGGGGAUCUUGCCUCCAUUGACACACUUAAGAGAUCACUGGAUCACUUCUCUGCACUUUCUGGGCUAUGCAUCAAUCCAUCAAAGAGUAACUUCUUUGUUUCUAGAGUUAGCUUAGACAUGGCUAAUGAUAUUGGGACACUAUUGGGCUUUGAUCGAGGAGAGUUUCCAUUCAAAUAUCUAGGUGUUCCUCUUAUAUCUACAUCACUUAAAGCUAUCCACUGGAAUGAACUUAAGUACACAGGGGCCAGAGUCACAUGGGCUAAUGUCUGCCGACCUAAAGUUUAUGGAGGUUUGGGGUUCAGGAACUUGGAGGUUGCUAACACUGCAGCUUGUCUGAAGCAUCUGUGGAAUGUCAUUGCUAUGCACAGGGAUAAUAUCUGGGCUAGAUGGAUAAGGGCUCAGCUUGUUAGGGAUCGUUGUCUCUGGACUUUGAACAUCCCUCAAGCCUGCUCAGGCAAUUGA